GCCUGCAACUGCUUCUCUCCUCCAACUAGGUAGCCAAUUCUCUUAUUCUUCCUCACAACUCUCCCAAUUCAAUUCCAGAUUUCUCAGAAUGGCAGCAGAAGAUGAGAAAUCGCAGCCUUUAUCCAGCAAAAGACCGCAUUCCGCGGUGGACGGCAACGAGGACGAUGGCAACGAGUCAUCUUCCGAUGAUGAUUUCGGUCCAGCUCUCCCUUCGGCAGAUGCUCCCAAGAAGAAACGGCGCAAGCUUCCCUUCGAGAAGGUCUACGUGAACGCACUGCCCGCAUCGCCUCGUUACUCGAAGUCGCUCAUGCACAAGGAGCAAUUAUCCUUUACGACAAUGACGCCGCACACCGACUUCCUAAUCACAUCGUCUGUUGAUGGUUUUGUGAAAUUUUGGAAAAAGAUGGCAGUUGGAGUCGAGUUUGUAAAAGAGUUUCGUGCCCAUAAUGGCGAAGUGAGGGGCGUCAGUGCCAGCGCGGACGGGAGGAGUUUUGCGACGAUUGGAGCGGACAAGACAGUGAAGCUGUUUGACGUGAUUACAUUUGACUUGCUCUCCAUGCUCACGCUCGAGUUCACUCCCCGCUGUAUUUGCUGGGUCCAUCGCCGAGGCGCUUCGUUACCACUGCUGGCAGUGACCGACGAAGGUAGCAGCACGAUCCAGAUCUUCGAUGGCCGAGGCGAGAACCCCAACCCUUUACACACCGUGAAAUCGAUCCACCGGAACCCCGUGGCCGCAAUCGCAUUCAACGACGCCUACGAUUGUGUCAUCUCCGCCGACGAGUCAGGAAUGAUCGAGUACUGGAGGGCGGGGGAUUCUUCAUUCGAAAAGCCCGACAACGUAUUCGAACUGAAAUCAUCCACCAAUCUCUUCGAAUUCAAGAAGUCCAAAUCCACCCCAACAUCCCUCACAAUUUCCCCAUCCGGAGAACAAUUCGCCGCCUUCUCCUUCCCAGAUCGCCAAGUGCGGGUCUUCGAUUUCGCCACAGGAAAGCUAUACCGCAAAUACGACGAAUCCCUAGCAACAAUCACUGAAAUGCAACAAGCCGGCACAGCAAUCCACCAGCUGGAGGAGCUCGAAUUCGGCCGCCGCCUCGCCAUCGAACGAGAACUCGAAAACCCCAUCACUCAACCCAAGAUCAACGUCACGUUCGACGAAUCUGGCCACUUCAUCCUCUACGGCUCCCUUUACGGCAUCAAAUGCAUCAACACCUACACCAACCGGGUCGUACGUGUGUACGGCAAAGACGAACCCUUCCGCGCCCUCAACCUAGCAAUGUAUCAAGGCCAACCGCAAAAGAAAGGCGUCGUAACAGUCUCCAUGGCCGCGAGUUCCAACCCCCUCCUCCAAGAUGCCGAAGAGCGCGACCCCAUCCUCAUCAGCACCGGCUUCGCCAAAGUCCGCUUCUACCUCUUCACCAAUGAAACCGAGAUCUCCAAAUCCACCCGUGACGUCCAGAACGAGAAACCCACGCAAUCAGCCACCGGUCGCGAAACCGCCGUCCAGAAAUCGAACGAGCUCGGCACCUCCGCCAUCCUACACACUACCAUGGGCGAUAUCCACCUUCGCUUGUUCCCGUCUGCUGCGCCCAAAGCGGUCGAGAACUUCGUCACCCAUGCCCGCAAUGGGUACUACAAUAAUACCAUCUUCCAUCGUGUUAUUCGUAAAUUUAUGAUCCAGGGCGGGGACCCGUUGGGUGACGGCACAGGCGGUGAGUCUAUCUGGGGUGGGGAGUUUGAGGACGAAUUCUCCAGUUUGAAGCACGACAAGCCGUAUACUUUGUCUAUGGCGAAUGCUGGACCGAAUACCAACGGUAGUCAGUUCUUUAUUACCACAGAGAAGACACCGUGGUUGGAUAACAAGCAUACUGUUUUUGGUCGCGCCGUGCAAGGAUUGGAUGUCAUUCAUAAGAUCGAGAAUACGAAAACAUAUAAGGAGAAGCCGGAGCAGGAUAUCAAGGUAGUGAGUAUCACCGUGUCUUGAUUUUGAAGAUUUUCGCAUUGCAGCGUGAUAUCGUCUUGUUUUCAGGUUCAAGAAACUAUAUGCUUUUCCGAUCACUGUUAUGACAUGAGCUUUUUGUAAAGAAAAAAUUUGUCUUGUGGAUCUAGCGAUAUUACAUUAAAUACCCCCGUACUGCGGGCAAUUUUACCUAAUUUACAGUCAGCCGGUAACA